GUCUGGUUUCAAAAUCGCCGUGCAAAAUUCCGACGACAAGAAAAGCAAGAUAAUCCCAUCGCAGAGAUGCCACCUGUGAAACAGGGCCAAAUCCCGUCCUGGUCAUGGAUGGCUCAACAAUCUAAUAACAACAGUAACGAGGAGUUCCCAUCUUCGUUUGCCUCAUUUGAUCAAAAACCAUUUUUUGCUGAUCUCAAACCCUCAUUUAUGAGUUAUAUGCCAUAUCAAACAUUUCCCAGUGGAGGCUUUAGCACAGGUCUUACACCAGUCGGUCUACCGAAUGGUCUUCCCACGCCAACCGGUUUUCACCAGAGUGCCCCGCCAUUUCAGGUGCUACCGUAUUCUACAGAGAAUCACCAAUUAGAGCAUCACCUGGAUUCAUUUCCCAAUUUGGCGUAA